AGUCGCGGUUCCAGGCAGACGUCCUAACCUGCCGCCCGUACCAGUGUCGCGAUACGCGCGCAAUCUUUUACGAUCGCGAAAAUGAAGUGUUUCAAAAUAUGUGUUCUCCUGACUUUAUAUUGUUUAAUUGUGGACGGUGCCGAACUUAAAAUUAAAGAAGAACUUCAAGCUAUGGCCGAGCAGAUAGAUAUCUUGAAAACUUUGCAUUUAACAGAUGUCACGCGUCUUCGGAGAGAUCUUGAAGAGCUCAAGCAAAAUUCGGCAAUGCACUCUUCUGGUAACCGUGAUCGAAACGAGCAAAUGACACUGCAGUGGGCCCAAACGUCUAUGAAUGAGUUACGCGCCGAAAUGCGAGAACUCAGCAAGAGCAUCAACAAUUCUGUGCUUUUACGACAGUUACACACCAUACGCAACGAGCUAAAACAAGCUUUAAUGGAGACUUCUGACCUAGCCCAACUGGCGCGCACUCAAGAAACGAGGCUGGAUAAACUAGAUAGCGAAGUUAGCCGGCUGAAGUAUGAAGGUCAGCAGAUGAGGAAUACAAUGGCUGAAAUCAGGUCUCACGUUGCGAAACUGACUAAAGAGCUAAAGACGAAACAGCUGGGCGAUUUGAAUCCUGAUAGCUAUAAUGAAGUGUUAGAGCCACAUGAAAGCCGUUCCGGAGAUCUGAAGUUUGAACACAAUCACAAAUAUAGACAUAAUAAGAUGGUGCACGCACAAAUAUCACGUUUGGCUCGUAGCCAAGACCAGCUUGAUGAGUAUCAGCAAAACUUGCAGACACAGAUUUUGGACGUGCAAAGACGACUGGACCGUUUCGAGGAGCCCAACUGGAACCUUCUAUCGGCAAAAGUGGAAUUUCUUGAACUUGAAACAAAAGUGUUGCGGGACGAGCUCAAAAACAUCUCUAAUAAAGUGUCAGACUUGGACAAAGUACACGCUUCAAUGUUAGAAUUGAGAGAAGAUGUUGAGGGCAUUGAGAAUAAAGUCGAUAAGACCAUCCCGGAAUUCAGAAAAGAAAUUUCCAAAUUAGAUGUCAGUUUUGCUCAAGUGAAUGCUCAAACAUCGUAUCUGAAAGAAGACCAAGAGAACUUGCGGCAAUCGGUGAAGGCUAUCGCAGUCAGUGUGAGCAACACCAUAGACCGUGCGGAAUUAGACCGCCUCAUGAUGAAGAGGAUCAAUGACUCUGUCAGCGACCUGGAAACUAGGUCUAAGCAGCAUUUCUACCGUCUCAAUGAUCAUAUUCUUAAGAGCGAGGCCAAUAGUCACGACUCCAAUCAAACAGAGAUUAUCCCACUUCCCGAAUUGAUGGGUGAAGUGAAGGAGUUGCAACCUGUACAGCGGGAGUACGAAGACCUAGUAAGUCAACUCCCUAGGGAUUGCUCGAGCAUUUCGGGCCCUGCGGGCACUUAUUUGAUCCGGCCCGGUCAGGCUCCUUUCGAUACCUGGUGCGUCAACGGAAGCACUCUAUUACAACGCCGCUACAACGGUUCCAUCGAAUUCAACAGAAAGUUUUCUGAGUACGUUCACGGUUUCGGUGAUCCAACCUCUGAGUACUGGCUCGGUCUAGAGUCCAUGCAUCUGUUGACUGCCGACAACUGCUCUUCAAUGAGAAUAGACAUGACUGACAUCUACGGAGGCGGCUGGUAUGCUCAAUAUGAACACUUUACAGUGGGAAGCGCCGACACCGGAUAUGUGCUGGAAGUCAGCGGAUUUAAAGGUAAUGCUAGUGAUGCUUUCGAAUACCAGAACCAUAUGGAGUUUUCAGCUAUCGAUCGCGACAGGGACAUUUCCAACACCCACUGUGCGGCGAAUUACGAAGGCGGAUGGUGGUUCUCUCAUUGCCAACACGUAAACAUCAAUGGUAAAUACACCCUCGGUUUGACCUGGUUUGAUUCGGCAAGGAAUGAAUGGAUCGCAGUCGCUACCAGCGAAAUGCGAGUAUUCCGCCGACCAGGGUGUUCUUAAAUUAAAAAUUAAUUUACUCUAAAUGUUGAAAUAUGUCUAAUAGCUUAUAAAAAUCAUAUUAUUCCUGAGAGUUGUAUUAUGUUUUAAUCAUACCAAAGAUAACAAUAGUAAGCUAUGGUACUUACUUAUAUUGUUUGGAUAGACGGGGUUCAGUAGUAUUAGUAGUAGAUAUUGUAAUUUGAUUUGUGUAGUAUAUAUCAAUGUAGUUUCUGAUAUAAGUAUAUUUCUAUAAUAUACAUUACAUUUUAUGAAAAUUGAAAAUUACAGCUUUUUUAUAAUUUUGUUUUGUUAACUUAGACUUGCUAUAAGUCAUGAAUAUAAUUUCUAAGUAUUGUAGUUAUGUAAUUUGUUAUUUAGAACCUUUUCAGACUGAGUUUUUAUAAUGCUCAUUUGGGGACUUGCCAAUAAGGUAUUCAAUCCUAUAAUAAUAUUGUUGACUUCAAGUUUAUUCUUUGUCAAUGUUCAUUAUUAGUAUCUAUGUCGUGAUUAUUAUUCUAGGUAUAAUAAACAUCUAUAUGUAUACCUUUUAUUCUUUAGAUAGGUACUAUUUUAAGAUAAGGUGAAAUUUAAAUUUAAUAGACUAUUAAAAAUUAUAAUGUUGUCCAUUUUCCCUUAACAGUUUUAAGCAAAUAUAUAAUUUGCUAUAUAUAUAAUUUAUAAUUUGCUCUUUUCUCAAUUUGGGUUUAUGUUUGAGUCAUUUGUAAUUGUUGGCUUUUCCAUAGUUUUUAUUUACUUUAAAUAUAAGUAUUUUAGGUAAAUCGUAUUAGAUGCGAUCUACCUAUCACGGCAUUUUGGAAUGUCACUUUCAGUCAUUCAACAUAUAAAUUAAUAUAAUAUUUACAGUCUAAAUAUGCAAUUACAUUCCAUUUGUCUUUAUAUUAAUAUAAAAUUUGUGUCAUCAAUAGUUCUUAAUAGUGUAUAUAUAAUUUUUGGUGAUUUAGUAACUAUUAAUAUAGGUUAAUAUUAAAACAUAUAACUUAAAGAAUUUACUUUAGUAUAGGUAUCAAAAAUAUAUAAGACUGUUUGCGCCAAGUGUUUCAAUCAAUUUAAUACUAAAAUAAAAAUAUGGCAUUCAGUUGUAGUGAAAAAAAGUUUCUGUGGCAUCAAUUUCUUACAAAAUUAGUAAUAGAUAUUCUAAAUUUAAAAUUGAUAACUUUAAUUUUAAUGUUGUAACUGUGUCAUAAUGUUAGUCACUGUUUGUCCGUUAAGCUAGUAAGGUUUUACUAAUUACGUGUAUUCUUAGUAGACCAAAAUAAAAGCCUUUACCGGAAAUCUGAGAAGAGAUUGGAGGCACCACUAAGGUUGAUUUUCUCAAAUUAAAUUAAGUAAAUUCAAUAGGCAAAUCUAUUCUGUAUUGCUAUAUCCAUAUAAUAUUCCGUAGACUUGUUGUUGCUGUCAUUCUUAAUUAUUUCUAACGUCAGUGUUACAGAUUAGUAAUUUUAAGUCAAAAUCAGUAAGGAAAUUACACAAAUCAAUCAAUGUUAAUGUUCUCUGUCUUAAAACAUUGUACCAAUGGAUUCAAACCAAAUAAAUCUAUAAAAGCAUGGA